AUGUUAAGACAGCUCUUCAAUCUGUUCUCCUCAAAAUUACCUAAACUGGGCACUGGCGCGGCAGUGUCGGCAACUCCUGUGGCCUCCCUCUCUUCUCUUCGUCUGCUGCCGAUCGUCCCUACCAGGUACGCACUGUUUCCUUACAUCCCCUGUUCGCCUAGAUUCUUGUUUAGUGGGAAACUUACGAUCACGGUUGGUACCAUCUACCGCAUGUUCAAUGCCUCGUUAGCAGAGGUUCUUCGUGGGCAGAUGUUUGUCCGGGCAGUGGACGGUCAAAUGACGCAGGAAGACUAGAAAUUAUUUACCUGGAUGUUUGCAAAUGCAUCUGUUUCGGUCUAUCAGCGUACAGCGAUGGCAGUAGGGAUUGCCAGUUUUUUGCCGGCUUGGGUCUCAAUAUGACUGACCGGCGCCGGGCUCUAGUCCAAAAACAGCGUUCCCGUGACCAUUGUCGUUCUCGGCAAAAUAAACUCUCCAUUUCUCUCCUUGUCAGGCGCGACAACCAGGUUCAGGAAAGCGUACCAGUAUUCCUUCAGGUUUGUACCGAAAAAAAUUGUCUUUUUUAAAGCCAUCAAUGCCCUAGUCAAAUGUUCUCGCAUGUCCCACACCGCCCACAACAAGCACGAAAUACGCGCCUUCCACAAGUGGAAAGCGUGUUCAUCGGCUCCUUCUUCAUGUGACCCCUAUGGUACUCUAGCGCAUGUGAGAUUUGUGCAGUCCACCCCGGUUGUACGAAAACCCGAUGUGUGGUGUGUGGGGGCAGGUCGGUAUGCCGUGUGUGGCACUCACGGUCUGUUUAACUCAACCACUUACACCAAAUCCCCGCAUCAGGCAGCUGACCGAUCCGGACAGUGAACUGGUGUCUAGGAGAGGGAAGAGAAAAGGUAAGGCCCAUUCUCGGCGUAUAUUCCUCUUUAUAAACAAUCCGGUACGCUUGGAUCUACGACGGUUGCGUUAAAAGUCGUGGCUUGUAAGACUUCCAACUGACGGAAAAACUCGGUCCUCCUCUCAGGACGGAGAGUUAGGCUGCAGUAUCUUCUUCAAAGUGUGCUCUAUAAUGGCACUCCCAUUCUGUUCGCAUCUGUGCCGCCCCCUUGUGUGAAAUCCUGGUUCUCUGUGAGUGGACUUUGGAGUGUGGUGGCACGCCUCAGUGCGGGUUCACGCCGUGCCAACCACCUGCGCCCGAUCCUGCCUCCGAUCUUAACACUGGGCUCAGGUGGGGGGGGGGAGGAGAGGGUGCGUAGGUACUACGCAAGUUUGGCAUCAUUAUAUGCUAAUUCGCACCCCCCACCCGCCGUCUCUGCGUCCACCUUGCUGUGGGGCACACUGUGGACAUCGCCGAUAGAAGCGAACAGGCGAGUUCCAGGUAGCUGUUCAGAAGACGAAGAUGUGAUCACGGGAACAAGAAAUUUAUUCGCCUGACGUUUCGGAACCUCACUUGAACCCAUCAUCAGAGUCAGUCGCAGGUAAGUGUAAUGGUGGCACAAGGAGUGCAGUAUUUAUAGCACGUGGCUGUCUUGGGACCAUAUGCGCACUGGUGCCUGGGAAUUGGAAGAGAGAGAGAGAUAGGGUGAAAUGGACUCGAAAGACUGCGUCGGCACGGCACUCAGCACAUAUUCCUCGCUAUAACCAAUCUGAAGCACUAUUUAAUCAUGGUGCGUUAAAUGGCGUGGCUGGGAUACGUUUGUCGUCCGCUCAGGAUGGACGGCAAUAGCUUCUUCUUGAUGUUGCCGCUAUGACACUCCUACUCAGUUGGGAUCCCGUCCGCCGCCCUUUGUUGUUUGUGUGGAAACCCAGUUCAUCAUGUGCGGACCAGGAGCGCGUGCAUGGUACGAGCACACGUGCCGUUUAGAUUUGUCAGCCACAGCGCCUGAUCCCGCCUCCGACAGAUGCAGCGGGCAAAGGUAUGGAGAAGGACCCCACUUAAUUGACGGCAGACUGUGGACCAAGUCAUAAGGUCUUUUAUCUUGGCAUCCAUUCGCAGGCCUUUGCAGACAUUACACUGCCAAUAACAAACACUUGCCGUGACUUCAAACCAUCACUCAAACUCCUCUAUUUUUUGAAAUUUACCUUUUGUUUAUUCUUAAUCACCGCGCUCAGUUCCGUUGUCGUACAAAAGCGUACGACGAGUCUUUAGGGAGAAAUCCAAAUUAUUUCUGUGAUUUCCUGCAUUUCGUCAGCUUACUGUGUAGUGCGCUGUCCCACCCCUAAACCUCCCCUUACCGCCAAUUACGGAUGACGUGAUCCACAGUCUGCCGUCAGUAAAGUGGGGUCCUUCUCCAUACCGUUGCCGAUACAGCGCAAUUUACCGUUCCCGCGCUUACCCUGCUCUGGGAUGCACGGUAAACAUGGUCAGUACCGACUUUUGAACUGUGAAUAGGCUGUAGUGCUGAUUGUUGAUGUAAGCCAUCGCAAAGCAUCCUCUAACGUCCAUAAUCAUGUCAUAUGUUUUAUUUAUCUGCAACAGCAAGGCUCGAUUGCCUUAAAGUAGUCAAUUUCAAAUAGAUUUGGGCAGUGUUUCUGCUGUUUAUUCUUGGUAUGCAUCAAAAUAGACUUUAACCAUACUUACGUGUUCCAUGUGUAGCAGUCUUCUGAUAGUCGGUGUCACCCGAUUGUAAAACCAUUUGGCGACAGUGUCGUAUGUAGCCCCACCUAGUCAGUUUUGUAAAGCGUGCCUACUUAUUUUAUUUAGGCAUGUGUCGGCAACGUUAGCACAACUAGGAUGAUAGUUAAGAUUAAUUAGUUUUUGACGCAGGAUUCCAAGGUUAGGGUUAGUGUUAGGGUUUUAAAGUUAGCAUCAGGGUUGCGGUUACCGCAGCGGACAGCGGUAUGGAGAAGGACCCCACUUAACUGACUGCAGACUGUGGAUCGCGUCCCAAGGUCUUUCAUCUUGGCAUCCAUUCGCAGGCCUUUGCAGACAUUACACUGCCAAUAACAAUCACUUCCCAUGACUUCGAACCACCACUCAAAUCCUUUUUUUUUGAAAUUUGCCUUUUAUUCUUAAUUACUGCGCUCAUUUCCGUUGUACGAAAGCGUAUGACGAGUCUUUCAGGAGAAAUACAAACAAUUUCAGUGUUUUCCUGCAUUUCUUCGGCUUACUGUCUAGUGCGCUGCCCCAUCCGUAAAACUGCCCUUACCGCCAAUCACGUUUGACAAUAUCUACAUUCUACUUAUAGUACAGUGGGGUCCUUCUCCAUACCGUUGCCGAUGCAGCGCAAGUUACCUUCCGCGCGCUUACCCUGCACUGGGAUGCACGGUAAACCUCGUCAGUACCGACUUUUGAACUGUGAAUAGGCUGUAGUGCUGAUUGUUGAUGUAAGCCGUCGCAAAGCAUGCUGAAACGUCCAAAAUCUUGUCAUAUGUUUUAUCUAACUGGUAGAGUACGGCUCGAUUGCCUUAAAGUACUCAAUUUUAAAUAGUUUUGGGCAAUGUUUCUGCUAUAUUUUCUUGGUAUGUUUCAAAGUAGCCUUUAAGCAUACUUGUGUGUUCUUCAUGAUAUAACAAUCACCACAGAUAUCCAUCUGUAGCAGUCUUCUAAUAAUUGGUGUCACCCGAUUGUAAAACCAUUUGGCGACGGUGUCAUAUGUAGCCCCACCUAGUCCGUGUUGUAAAACUUGCCUACUUAUUUUAUUUAGGCAUGUGUGUCGGCAACGUUAGCACAACUACGAUGAGGGUUAAGACUAAUUAGUUUUCGGCACAGGAUUUUAAGGUUAAAGUUAGUGUUAGGGUUUUAAGGUUAGAAUUAGGGUUGCGGUUUCCGGGUUAGGGGUUUAAGGUCAGUGUUAUUGUUAGGAAUAGGGGUUUGAGUUUUACAGUUAAGAUUAGGGUUAGUGUUUUAAUGUUUAAUGUAAGUAUUAGGGUCUAGGCUAGGGCUUCGAGAUUUGGGUUAGGGUUAGGUUUGGGAUUUAACGACUAGCUUUAGGGGUUACGAUUAGCUCACGAGAACGCAUAUAAUGGGUCCUAUGUUGACUACUAAGUCAGAGUUGCCAGUAAUGCUACGUGUCGCUGGACUGACCAUGGUCAACUCACGAAGAUACAUUUGAUGGAUCCUAUGCUGACUGUUAACUUGCAUUCCCAGGUUCGUAUUAAACCCCUUGGGGGUGGCGCCAUCUCGCGGCAUAAAAAGCAAGGAAGUGAAACGUUACUGGACCGAGGAUGGCACUCACGAUCCGCCUCUUCAGGAUGCAGUGGAUCGUUUUAAGAAACUGCGCUGGGGCGCGUACAUUCACGCUCGUGCUGGGCGUCGAAAACAUCUCUACCGGUUAGUUCAUAUCUGACUUGCCACCUAUCUCCCUCCCCCUCUGCCUUCCCUUCCCCAAGAUCCGAAGUAGUAAUUUUUUUGCUGGGGAGUGUCCACACUUUUGGCCUUCUACUAUUCUUUGAUGCCUUUAUUAUAGGAAUUACUGGCACGCCAUUCUUUGGAUAUUUCUUCUUUAUGUUAUAAACGAAUUCUAAUCACAACUACGUACGAACAUAAUAAACAACAGCUGAUCUACUGAGGUCCGAGCAGAAGAAGAAGAGGAAAAUCCGAUGACGGGAAUGAAAAGUUUAUUGGCCUGGCGUCUUGAGUUUUUACUCGAACUGCCCUCCUAGAACUCGCGUAUUCGCUUCUAGAGGCCCCGAAUUUUUUUCAUUGAAACCUCCGUUUUCCUGCCGGAGGUUGGAUCAAAAACCAAAACUUCAUACAGAACUACUCUUACGCAAGGGGAUCCAGUUCCAUUGUAGGCGGAAAGAGAAAAGCUUAACUGAAUGACAUGGGGUCAGCGUUCAUGAGCGCCUGUAGGUGCGAUGCAUCUUUUAGGAAUCAUCUGGUAAAUUUUUCAAAUGUUUCUUUGCCAUUUUACCUUCAUAUGCGUAGUUGGGGCUUCUGAAUCUCUUCGGGAGCUAUAUAAUUAGGUUAUCGUAACGAAUGCAGUUGUUUUGGGUGUCGGGCUUACUACUAGGCUUAACUUUAGGAUUAUGGCAAGGGUUUAGGUUUGAGUGAGUGUCCGGUCAAGGCAAAGAUUAUGCCUUACGGCUUGAGUUAGCGUUAGGUAUAAGCCUAAAUGAAUAGGGUUACAUUUAUGGUUAGUUUUGACCCUAAACCUUAUUCCAAUCAUAAUCCAAAUCCCUACAUUAACCCUGACCCUACUCCUUAGCCUACAUUAAGCAUAACCCCAACCCUAGUCAUAAACCUGACGCCAAACCAAACUCCAUCUUUCAGUCUAAUUUAGGCCUUUUCAUAUUGUUACCCCUCAGAAAUUUGAAAUGUGAUAACCCCAGGGCUCUUGUCAAGAAUUCGUAUUUUAGGUAGUCAGAACUAUAACUGUACACUAGAUUCUUGCCCUUUCUAUCGCGAAUUCGAACUCAGCCAGGGCUGCCGGGUCUUGUUCAAUUUGACAAUUAGGUAUGAUGCUAGCUACACAUAUUGAAGAAAGUGCGGCAGAUGUACUAUCACGUGUUAACUGUCAUUCCGAAAUGUGUUUUCGAUUCGGGACGACUACCAAAGUCGGUUUGCUAUACUGAUUAUCUAACCGCAUAAUUUUAAGAUAUUUCAUUCACGUUAGAAUCCUGGCUUUUGAGUGCGCUUCUCUUCGGCCAUCGGCACAAACUAUACGCUGAAAAAAUGGCCACUUAAGCAGUGUGAUUAUUAAAAUUGACUUUCUCUGGCCUUACAAAUUCAAUUAUAUUUUAUGGGAAACGUUCGGGGAAAAUAUUCCUUGUUGUAAUCAUUCGGUAGUUGGUUACGUUUUCAUGUUUAAUGCUUUGAGAAUGGGCGAUCAUCCACUUUUAAGAAGAACUUCUGAUUAUGAUGCCUUUUAGACCGCAAAAUAUCCAUUUACGCAGUCUUGCAUCGGCAAGUUUAUUAAUGUUAUUUAUAAAGUGUACAACCUGGUCCACAUCCGUCGCACAAUGUUAUGCCCGCUGUAUGACGUCUUCCUAAGUGCAUGGAGAAGUGUUUGGUAUCGCCAUGACGAAAAAUUUACAUCACGCAGUUUGACAACCCUGGGCGCAGAUGUAACGGCAGGUUGGGCUCAAAAUUAUUCGGAAAUCGAAAACGUUUCGAAAAACCAAAAAAACCCUUUCUUAGAGUUUAAAAAUUGAAAAAGGACAUAAUUUCCUGGCAAACGAGUACAGGAGAAGAUAUUUUUGUUUACUUUUCCUAUAAGAUAUGAUUGAAUCCGAAAGGGCAUCGAAAAUCAACAGGGAAAAAUCAUGCUACUCAAGUCGUCUUUGCCGACGCCCGAGAAAAAGCUCUUUGAAAAGUCGGCAUCCUGGCGUGACUGAAAUAUCCUGCGGCUGUGCUAGGAGAUAAUUAUUAUUACAGCCCCACUAAAGUAAUCCCUCCUAAUCGAAAAAAAAUUAGAAAUUCCGUAAACAGUUUUUGAGAUAGAACCUUCACUGUAGCAAUGAAGAAUGCGCAUCUGCACCGGGUUUUUUUUCAAAGCGUCACCCAAAGCUCACCUUACACCCCCCGCCCCCUUUCAGCCAGUUUCACUUUGUUAGGUAGCCUUUGAAGGGAAAUAUCAAGUGGCUGCCCUCCGGCGGACAAGUCUCAUCUGCUUGCCGAAGUCAACAGUCGCAAAUGUGUUGACCUUGUGACUCGCCACUCCUGAGCCAGUUCGUCCUUUGAAGCCGCAGUAGCCUAUGCAAACGCUGAGGUUUGCUGGGGAGGGUGUCGGCGACGUGCAAGGCGGAUUUAAGUUUUCCCACGGAACACACAACGCUCACGGCCUACUGACCGAUCAUGGCAUCCUUUUGAGCGGUUUAUCCUGGUGUGCCCUUGUCAGGACAGGAUAUAUAAGUUGUCACUUUUGAUUAGAACGUGGUUCAGGAAUGCAGCGCUGCCCCGAAGAAGGAGACACGAUCGCUGGGACAAGAACUUUAUUAGCCUGACGUUUCGGAUUCUUACUCGAAUCCGUCAUCAGAGACAACAGCAGAUACAGGUGAUUUACGCGCAAGGAGCUGCAGUAUUUAUAGGAUGCAGUCGCCAUGCUAUCGCAUACCUACGAACAUUCACGGCUCCCCCCUUCAUUGGCGAUCGUUGCACUUGGUGUGAUAACUGUUUGAUGGUCGACACAUGCGUCGUUAAUUUUUUCAGUUUCAUCACGUGCGUUGAAUGUUGGCUUUAUGAUUGCUCGACCAUCUGACGCACCGACCCUGGUGUUGGGAAAACUCUUCAUCUGGGCGCUCCCCACGUGGCUAAUUACUCCGCCCAGGCGAAGUUUCAGCACAGACUAUGGAAGGGGAAGUUCAUUGCACUUGUUAAUGGACUAGGGACCAGUAAACCAGGAUUCAAGUAGCUCCCAGCUCACGCGGUCGUCACCUCUUGCGAGAAUUUCGGCCUCGUCGCACUGUUGUUCUUUUAACGUGCUACAGAGUAUCAGCGGACCCCUAAUGUGAAAAUCAGUAAGGCCAGUUCACUUACUCAGUUUAUACCCUUGUUGAGCGCACGCUAUUUUACUGGAAGACUUACGAGUACUUUGUUUUGUUUUUAUUUUCCCAGAAAAAAUCCCUGGGUGGUUGCCAAGAAGGAUGAACACAUCCUCACCAAUAGGGCAACGUCGUUCCUCGUGGACAAUUUAAUGAGCCGCUACUGGCGUCGACCCCAGUUCUAUCCUCAGGACAUCUAUGAGCCCUACCACAAACGCACGGGCGUGCCAUGGGACUACGAACUGCACAAAAGGCGCUUUUACCCCUAA